AUGAAUAAGCCCAAAGUGCUGAUACCCUACAAAUCCUACGUGGAUCUUUCGAAAGAGCUCGAAGAUUGGGCCCGUUUGAAGCAUGACAUAGAUUUUGUCGAAUACAAGAUCACUACGAAAGAUGACUUCAAGAAAUUCCUAAAAAACUCUGAUUUUGCUUGCUUAUGGGUUACGGAUGAAUUUUGCGCUUUUUGGGAUAGCCCCACAUCCUUUUUCGAUGACUUCCCCGAGACUUUGAAGUUGAUCGUGGUACCAUGGGUGGGAACGGAUUUCCUGGACGUUUCAAAACUCAAAAACGAGAAAAACAUCACAGUGUGCAACAUUGGACCAAAAGCCGCCAAUAGCGUAGCUGAAAUUGCGUUACAUUUAACAUUGAGCUGUUUUAGGAUGACCUCUUUCUUCGAACACUGUUUCCGCUUCAUCCACCAGGGCCAAUGUUCACAGUGCUUUAAAUACGUCGGUGGUACCAAACAUGGUAUCUGCAAGUCAAAAGCUCCAGCUCUUCAUGAGACAGCGUCAUACUCGUUUCCUGAACCUCUGGAUAGCGAAAACUUGGGAUCCGCCAAGUUCACAAUUGCGGGGAAAAGUGUCAAUUCACCUGCAGGAAAGACUGCAUUGAUUCUAGGAUUCGGAUACAUUGGUCAGGCCAUUGGCAAAAAACUGUACGGCGGGCUGGACAUGAACAUUUGCUAUUAUAAGCGGUCUGGCCCUGUUUCUUUUGACACAUUGGGCUAUCCAGCGGAAUACCGAGAGUCCUUGAAGGAUCCAAGAACGUGGCAGGGUGCAGAUCUCAUUGUAAUGGCGCUUCCAGGUGGUGCUUCAACAGAGAACCUACUCAACCACGAAACACUAAGUCUUUGCAAAGACGGUGUGAGAAUAGUAAACGUGGGUCGCGGUUCGUGCAUCGAUGAAGAUGCCUUAUUAAGUGGUCUAGAGUCGGGAAAAGUGGGGAGCGCAGGCCUCGAUGUUUAUAGGAAUGAAGGUUGCAAGGUGGCUUCUGGCUUUUUCGAGCGCUGGGACGUGACGCUAUUGCCGCACAUAGGUAGUGCCAUUUCAGAGAUGAUUACAGCGCAAACAGCUGUGACCUUGCGUAACAUAGAGGAUGUGCUUCUAAAAAAUGGCAACGGAGUGUAUCCCGUAGAAUGA